AUGCGGAUCUCUCCAGAAACUAAGGCUCGCGCCCGGUAUUGGUCGAAGCGUCUGGAGUGUCCGGUUGACGAGAACGCAGAAUAUCACAACACAUAUUGGUGUAAUCGAGAUCUGAUUCCAAUUCCUGACGACCGACGAACUUGGACUUGGCAGGGCUACUUUGGAUAUUGGGUCAUCUGUGGAGUCAACACAACAGCAUGGUCGGUCGCAGCGUCACUCCAUUCUCUAGGCUUGUCCGUGCCGCAAGCCAUGGGAGUGAUUACCGGAGUGGCAAUCAUUAGUGGAAUGAUUGCUGUGCUCGCUGGAUGGCCAGGCUCCCAUCAGUACAUCGGUUUCACCGUGCUCUCGCGCGGAUCCUGGGGCAUGCGUGGCGGAUUCUGGCCGGUGUUGAAUCGCAUUGUAACUGCCAUUGUGUGGAAUGGUAUCCAGCUGUACUGGGGUGGCCAGUCUGUCAAAAUCAUGUUAGGCGGCAUCAUUGGAGCCCCGUGGGUGAACUUGCGCAAUACACUCCCAGCCUCGGCCAACGUGGAUACCGCCAGCCUUAUAUCAUUCUUCGUCUUCCUAGUCAUCUUUCUGCCAAUCUUGAUGAUACCUCCCGAGAAGUUGCAAUGGCCUUUGAGGGUCACCUUUGUCAUGAUGCUUUCCACAAUGUUCGGGAUGCUGGCGUGGUCGAUAUCGGCUGCAGGCUCGGUCGGCCAUCUUAUGCAUAUGCCAGCGACAGCCAAAGGAUCCAAGCUUUCAUGGGCCGCCGUAUACUCUCUGCAGAGCAUCAUCGGUGCUCAAGCAUCAGGCGCUUUGGGCCAGUCAGACUGGACGCGUUAUGCUAAAACACCCAAUGCGGCAUUGUUCUCUCAGCUCAUAGCAGCUCCCAUUCUCAUCAUCUCAACGGCUGUAUGCGGACUCUUGAUCACCUCGGCGACCAAUGAGAUGUACGGCGUGGCAACCUGGAACCCAUUUGAGCUCCUCCUCUUGAUCCAGCAGCGAUCUCUGAGCCCAGCUGCUCGCGCGGGAACGUUCUUCGCAGGCUUGGGAUUCUUCCUGGACCAGCUGGCGCUGUGUGUCAUCCUGAACUGCGUGUCGGCAGGAAUGGACAUUGCCGCGCUCGCUCCCAAAUGGAUGAACAUUCGACGAGGCGGCUAUCUCAUGUCGGUGAUCUCGGUUGCAAUCGUGCCUUGGAACUAUGUGACCAAGCCAACGACAUUUAUCACUGUGCUCAGCGGAUGGUCGGUCUUCCUGUCUCCCAUGACCGGAAUCGUGAUUGGAGAUUAUUUCCUGGUGCGAGGGCGAGACUACCACCUCGGCGAUUUGUACUGCGGCAACCGUUCGAGUGCUUACUGGUAUGCUGCGGGGUUCAAUUGGCGCGGGAUCAUCGCGUGGUGCAUCGGCAUCGCUCCAACGCUGCCGGGCUUCGUGCGGGCGGUCAAAGAGACUCGGGAUGACACGAUCGCUUGGGACCACGUGUAUGACAUGACAUACUUCUAUGGCUUCUUCAGCGCUUGUGCCGUGCAUGCAGGCUUGCAUUGGCUGUUUCCAGCGCCGCGGCAGACGGGACAUUCCGAUUUUGUGCUGCGAGAGCACGCGGACAUGGUGCGAGGCGGAGAAUGCAGCGCGAGUGCAGAGGUGGAGAGUCAAGAGGUGCAUGCAGAAAAGGCCUUCGAUGGAUAG